AAACAGUGCGUAUCGGGUUAGGUUGUUAGAAAGUUAAUGGCUGGGGGAAAGAGAUCCUCCUCAACCCUCGCUUCGGGAGAGUUUCUGGAUUCCCUGAAGUAAAAUCACGCAAAUAUCCUAAAAAAAAGGGCCUGGACGGACGUUUAAGUCAACAACUAGCUCGUGAACACACGUAUCGUGAACAUAAGUAUGCAGGAUGCAGUAGCCGGGACGGCAAUGCUGACGGACGGCUUCGAGGACGAGAUUGACUCGGUGACUCCUCGCUCCCCAGUGGCAGGGAUGGGGGUAGGAGCGACAUCAGAAGGAGUCGGACUAGGGGGCAUUGGAAUUGGUGUAGGUGGAAAGAAAGUACGUUUGUACGGCGAACCAGGUGGGCCUGCAGCAGAAAGACUGGAUUUCAAACUAGCAGCUGCGGCCGUGCUCUCCUCGGGUCCAGGAUCCGGCAGCGACGAAGACGAGGUUUCAGAGGUGGAGUCAUUCAUUUUGGACCAGGAGGACCUGGAUAACCCCAUCAUGAAGACAGCGUCAGAGUUGCUUUUGUCCAGCGCCACAGAUGGAGUAGAUUUGAGGACUGUUGAUCCAGAAACACAGGCUCGUCUUGAAGCUCUACUGGAAGCCGCAGGCAUAGGUAAACUUUCCACUGCCGAUGGUAAAGCUUUUGCAGACCCCGAGGUGCUACGGCGACUGACGUCAUCUGUGAGUUGUGCCCUGGACGAAGCUGCAGCAGCCCUGACCCGCAUGAGAGCUGAAAACACACUCAACGCCGGCCAAGCUGACAAUCUGGUUAUUUUCAGCCGUAGUUUAGCAGAGGCGUGCUCAGACGGGGAUGUCAACGCUGUGCGCAAAUUGCUCGACGAGGGACGGAGCGUCAACGAACACACAGAGGAAGGGGAGAGCCUGCUGUGCCUCGCAUGCUCAGCUGGCUACUAUGAACUAGCGCAGGUGUUGUUGGCCAUGCAUGCCAAUGUGGAGGACCGGGGCAUCAAGGGCGACAUAACGCCCCUAAUGGCUGCUGCCAGUGGAGGUUAUGUCGACAUCGUCAAACUGCUUCUGGUCCACGGGGCAGAUGUUAAUGCACAAUCGUCUACAGGCAACACAGCUCUGACGUACGCAUGUGCGGGUGGCUUUGUGGAUGUGGUGAAGGUGCUGCUAAAAGAGGGUGCUAAUAUUGAGGACCACAACGAGAACGGACACACACCUCUUAUGGAGGCGGCCAGUGCUGGUCACGUAGAAGUGGCCAGGGUACUCUUGGAGUAUGGCGCCGGCAUCAACACGCACUCCAAUGAGUUCAAGGAGAGUGCUCUCACACUUGCCUGCUACAAAGGUCACUUAGACAUGGUGCGUUUUCUGUUGGAGGCCGGAGCAGACCAGGAACAUAAAACGGAUGAGAUGCACACGGCACUGAUGGAAGCAUGCAUGUCCCAGGACGGCCAUGUGGAGGUGGCACGGCUGCUGUUGGACAGCGGUGCGCAGGUCAACAUGCCAGCUGAUUCCUUUGAGUCGCCCCUCACCCUUGCAGCUUGUGGAGGACACGUGGAGCUGGCAGCCUUGCUCAUCGAGAGAGGAGCCAAUUUGGAGGAGGUUAAUGAUGAAGGCUACACACCUCUGAUGGAGGCGGCUAGAGAAGGCCACGAGGAGAUGGUAGCCCUGCUGCUGGCUCAAGGUGCAAACAUCAACGCCCAGACAGAGGAGACACAGGAGACAGCUUUGACCCUAGCGUGCUGCGGAGGCUUCUUGGAAGUGGCCGACUUCCUCAUCAAGGCGGGCGCCGACAUCGAGUUAGGCUGCUCCACACCUCUAAUGGAGGCUGCACAGGAAGGCCAUCUGGAGUUGGUGAAAUACCUAUUGGCUGCAGGAGCAAAUGUUCAUGCCACCACGGCAACGGGCGACACAGCAUUGACAUAUGCGUGUGAGAAUGGACACACUGAUGUGGCGGAUGUGCUGCUGCAGGCUGGAGCCAACUUGGAACAUGAGUCUGAAGGGGGGCGGACACCCUUGAUGAAGGCAGCAAGAGCAGGACAUCUCUGUACAGUGCAGUUCCUUAUCAGCAAAGGUGCAAAUGUGAACAGAGCUACUGCCAAUAAUGACCACACAGUGGUGUCUCUGGCCUGUGCUGGAGGACAUCUGGCUGUGGUGGAGCUGCUGCUGGCACAUGGGGCGGAUCCUACACACAGACUCAAAGAUGGUUCAACCAUGUUGAUAGAAGCUGCUAAGGGUGGCCACACCAAUGUGGUGUCCUACCUGUUGGACUACCCCAACAACAUCCUGUCUGUCCCAGCCCCUGAUCUCUCUCAGCUCACUCCCCCCUCGCAAGAUACCUCUCAGGUUCCUCGUGUCCCAUUCCAAGCUCUCGCGAUGGUAGUGCCCCCUCAGGAGCCCGACAGAGCCCCAUCAAACAUCGCCACACCCCCACCCGUCUCCAGCAAAGGCAUGUCCAAACAGAGACAAGCAGCGCUUCAGCCCGGUGUCCCCAGCUCAGUCGGCCGGGGGCCUGAAGCAGAGCCUCUGCCGCCCUUUCACUUAUGCCAGCCUCUAGAGUGCAUUGUGGAAGAGACGGAGGGAAAGCUGAAUGAGUUAGGCCAGAGAAUCAGCGCCAUUGAGAAGGCCCAGCUUCAGUCGCUAGAACUCAUUCAAGGGGAGCCGCUCACCAAAGACAAGAUUGAGGAGCUGAAGAAGAGCAGAGAGGAGCAGGUGCAGAAGAAGAAGAAAAUCUUAAAGGAGCUGCAGAAGGUUGAACGCCAGCUGCAGCUGAAAACACAGCAACAGUUCACCAAAGAGUACCUGGAGGCGAAGGGGUUAAAAGAGGAGCAGGAGGCCGGACAGAGCCAGGGCCCAGGCCCAGGGCCGGGAAAUACGUCUGCUCUAGGGCCACUUCCUAUUGCAACAGGUGCCCAGCUACACACCAGCUCUGACACCGAUGAAGAGGCCAACAAAGAUGGGGAGCAAGAGGAGCAGCCAGGAGACGAAGGGGAUGAGGAAGAGGAAGACGAUGACGAAGAUGAGGGCUCUGAGGAAGAGGCAGACGGAGAAGACGACGAUUACCCCAAGCUUCCUCGGGUGGGCACAAUCCUCAACAGGGAUGGGCCACAGCCGCCACAGCAGCCUCCUCUGCCCCCUUCGCCACAGUCCCAGCCCCAGCCUCCUCCACCGCCUCUUCACACUGCCUUCGUCCCUAUACAACCCCUGCCAGACUACAACCCUGCAGACUACCCGGGAAGCACCAGCCCAGAGCUACAGAGGGUACUUGUGGGGCAGCAGAUGCUGGGCCAGCAGCAGGGUCAACAGUUGGCUGGGUUAGGCCCAGGUAUGAUACCUCAGCAGGCCCCAGAUGGGCUCAUGGUCGCUACACCUGCUCAGACGCUCACAGACACGCUGGAUGACAUCAUGGCCGCUGUGAGCAGCCGUGUGCCCAUGCUGAACACUACAACCUCACCCACACCGCUGUCCCAGCCACCCACACAGAUGCCUGCAAACAUCGCCUCGCCCCCUUCGGUCCUGCCCCUCUACCCCUCUGUUGACAUUGAUGCACACACGGAGAGCAAUCAUGACACAGCUCUGACGCUGGCGUGUGCAGGAGGACAUGAAGAGCUUGUGUCGGUCCUAAUUGCACGGGGAGCCAACAUUGAGCACCGGGACAAAAAAGGUUUUACUCCUCUGAUCCUGGCUGCCACUGCUGGCCAUGUAGGAGUGGUGGAAGUUCUUCUGGACAAAGGGGGUGACAUUGAGGCUCAGUCAGAGAGAACCAAAGACACGCCCCUUUCCCUGGCCUGCUCUGGGGGACGCCAGGAGGUGGUUGAGCUGCUGCUGCUUCGGGGUGCUAAUAAGGAACACCGCAAUGUGUCCGACUACACGCCUCUUAGCCUGGCUGCUUCUGGGGGUUAUGUCAACAUCAUCAAGAUUCUCCUCAAUGCUGGAGCUGAGAUCAACUCCAGGACUGGCAGUAAGCUGGGAAUCUCUCCUCUGAUGCUGGCAGCCAUGAAUGGUCAUGUACCAGCAGUGAAGCUGUUGCUAGAUAUGGGCUCGGACAUCAACGCCCAGAUUGAGACCAACAGAAACACAGCUCUGACUCUAGCCUGCUUCCAGGGGCGGGCUGAGGUCGUCAGUCUGCUGCUAGAUCGCAAGGCCAACGUAGAGCAUCGUGCUAAGACUGGUCUCACUCCUCUGAUGGAGGCAGCCUCAGGAGGUUAUGCAGAGGUGGGCCGAGUGCUUCUAGACAAAGGCGCCGAUGUCAACGCUCCCCCUGUUCCCUCAUCCCGAGACACUGCCCUCACCAUUGCUGCUGACAAGGGCCACUACAAGUUUUGUGAGCUGCUUAUCAACAGGGGUGCCCAUAUCGAUGUACGAAACAAGAAAGGGAACACUCCUCUCUGGCUAGCAGCAAAUGGCGGUCAUUUUGACGUGGUCCAGCUCUUAGUUCAUGCCAGUGCUGAUGUGGAUGCAGCCGAUAACCGCAAGAUUACCCCACUCAUGGCUGCGUUUCGCAAGGGUCAUGUAAAAGUGGUGCAGUAUCUUGUGAAAGAGGUCAACCAGUUCCCAUCAGACAUUGAGUGCAUGAGAUAUAUUGCCACCAUUGCUGACAAGGAGCUGUUGAAGAAGUGCCACCAGUGCAUGGAGACCAUUGUCAAAGCCAAAGACCAGCAAGCAGCCGAGGCCAACAAAAAUGCUAGCAUUCUCCUUAAGGAGCUAGACUUGGAGAAGUCCCGAGAGGAGAGCAAGAAGCAGGCCCUGGCUGCUAAACGUGAGAAGCGUAAGGAGAAACGCAAGAAGAAGAAGGAGGAGCAGAAGAGAAAGCAAGAGGAAGAGGAGGGGCAGAAAACCAAGGAUGACUUUUCUGAGAUGCUGGAGCUGAAGGAGGAUUCAGCUGAUGAAGAAGAGGUUCCUAUUGAUCCUCCGAGUGCAACCACCACCACGACCAUUGGUAUAUCUGCCACCUCCACCACUUUCACUACAGCUUUUGGUAAGAAGCGAGCAAGUGUGGCCACUACCCCAAGCACCAAUCGCAAGAACAAGAAGAACAAGACCAAGGACUCGCCCAACGAACCCAUCAUAUUACAGGAUCCGCAGGUUGCACUAGCACAGCACAAAGCUGACAAGAACAAGAUCCACGGUGAGCCACGGGGUGGGGGAGGGGGAGUGACGGGCGGUAACAGCGAUUCUGACCCCUUGGAUAGCACCGACUGUGCCAGUGAAAGCAGCAGCAGCGGCGGCAAAAGUCAGGAGCUCAACUACCUCCCUGACCUCACCUCCUCCGCCUCCUCCUCCUCGUCCUCUUCCUCGUCAUCCUCUUCCUCAGUCCCCUCCUCAGGAGCAGCCCAAGGCGUCCUGCGCGGCCUAGAGAAGAGACAUUGUCCUCAGCCGCAGACUGACGGCAAGAUGGACAACAAGGUCACAGUCUCCAUCUCAAAACCAACGCAAAAAGCUCUGGACAUGAGCGACUCCACCUCAAACUCCUUACCCUCUCCAUUCAAGACCAUGGCUCUUCCCAUUACCUCACCCAACAGUAAGCUCAGCCUCACAAGCCCCAAAAGAGGCCAGAAGAGAGAAGAAGGUUGGAAGGAAGUGGUCAGAAGAUCAAAGAAGCUAUCUGUGCCAGCGUCCGUUGUGUCUCGGAUCAUGGGCCGAGGUGGCUGCAACAUCACAGCCAUCCAGGACGUGACAGGAGCUCACAUUGACGUAGACAAACAGAAGGACAAGAACGGGGAGAGGAUGAUCACCAUAAGAGGUGGGACAGAGUCUACAAGGUAUGCAGUCCAGCUGAUCAACGCUCUAAUACAAGACCCAGCCAAAGAGCUUGAAGAUCUGAUCCCAAGGAAUCACAUCCGAGCUCCAGGCUCUAAAAUGACCCCAGCUUCCUUCCCCAGUACCACAGGGCCCGCCAGCGGUUCAACCACUGGGCCAAAAUCCCUGAGCUCGUUGGUCUCCACAGGCGUCUCGUUCCAGCCCUCUUCAUCCUCGUCUUCGCUCUCCUCUCAGGCCGGGGGAAAGAUUGGGAAGGGACUGUCAUCAAAUGUCAGACAGCCCUUUCCUGUGUCUCUGCCUUUGGCGUACGCCCACCCUCAGCUGGCUCUACUAGCUGCUCAGACCAUGCACCAGAUCAGGCACCCUCGUCUACCCAUGGCCCAGUUUGGUGGCACCUUCUCUCCUGCCGCCAGCACCUGGGGAUCCUUCCCUGUGCGUCCUGUGAGUCCCGGCAGUGCUAACAGCUCUCCCAAACACAAUGGAGGAACCAACAGCACUGGAGGCCAGGCCAGAACCAACUUGACCCAUAGUGAGCACAGCAACACAGCCAGCUCAGGAGCCUCAGUCACGACCAACACCACCACCAGUGCACCUAACACAUCUACAGCCUCGCCUCAUACCCCUAAUCCUACUCCAUACAAUCCCCAGCCGAGCAUCCCCACUCCUUCCUCUGUCAGGAAACAGCUCUUCGCCCCUGACCCCAAGCCUGCUGGUGGGACCGCUGUGUCUGUUGCGGCUACUUCUACUAGUGGCAGCAAUGCAGUACGAGGCACUGGUUCUCCUGCACAUCACAGUUCCACUACAACUACCGCUAAUGCCCCUCCGCAGCCUGUUGGACCUAUCUCACAGCCCCCCAUCCAGUUAACUAAAUCGGAGUUCAGUGCCGUGGCCCCUCUUGGUAAAGAGAAGUCCCCUCUAUCUUCAGCAAGCCAAGCUGUUUCUGUCAGCGAGAGCAUCAACUCUGUGGGUUUCACUCCCCCUGCCAUGGCUUUACCUCCCAAGCAAGAGCCUCGACAGCAGUUACCUCCUCCUCCCUCCUCUGUACCAUCCACAGAGGCUCCACCACCCCUCCUCAAUCAACAUCCGAGCUCCCACCACCCCUCAGCACCGCCUCCUGUCCACUCACACAAUGUUGCACACCCCAACAACACUGUACCCCACUUCUCAGCCCCUGCGCCCAGAGUCUCCCAUCGUAUGCAGCCACCAGGGCCUUACUAUUCGCUUCCUGAGCAGCAACAGCAGCAGACGCAGCAGCAGCAACAGCAGCAGACGCAGCAGCAGCAACAACAGCAGCAGCAGCAGCAGCAACAACAGCAGCAGCAACAACAAUCUGUGUUUGUGCCCUUCAAUGCUCAGCAAGAACACCCGAAGCAGACCCAAAACCAAACGUCACAGUCAACGACUUUGCCUCCACAAGCCCAGAACCAAGCUCAAGGCUCUCAUCAGGUCCCUGCUAACCUGGGGAUGAUGAACGGUUCCCAGAUGCAGCAUGUGGCCAAUGCAGGCAAGCCUCAGCAGAUGCCCCCCAACUUUGGUCCUGCAGGCCUCUUCAACUUCAGCAGCAUCUUUGAUAACAAUAACCAGGUUGGAAACAAUCAGGUGUGGGGUGCAUGCCAUCUGCCGACUCGAUCAGCUCCAGAGCAGUCCUACUCAGCCCCACCAGCCUACAUGGGCCAGAUGGAGAAUAUGAUGCACCCACCUCCUCCAGACAGCUCCAAAGCCCCUGGCUAUCGCUCUGCCUCACAGAGGAUGGUCAACAGCCCCAUCGCGUUGACCAGCUAUGCCACCAGUAUCACUGGCAGCCCUGUGUAUCUGCACGGUCAUACAGCAGUUGGCACACCGUCUUUCAGCAGACAGCACUUUUCCCCUCAUCCAUGGAGUGCAUCCACUUCAGGUGAGUCUCCUGCCCCACCUCCAUCUACGGUGUCAUCCUCUGCCCAUUCCAACUCAGCUGGGCCCCCUCCUCCCCAGCCUAAGCCAGGCAGCUCCUCGCAGCAGGACCGGAAGGUUCCCCCACCCAUCGGCACAGAGCGGCUGGCCAGGAUCAGGCAGACGGGUUCAGUCAACCCACCGCUCCUCACCACCAGCUACACGGCAUCUGUUGGACAGGGAGGUAUUUGGUCGUUUGGGGUCGGCAGUGCUUCGGAGGCCAUGUCUGGUUGGUCCCAGCCCCUGAUGAGCAGCCACAUGAUGCACCCUCAGCUGCAGGCAGAGCAGUCGGCCUUCUCUCAGCACCAGCCAAUGGAGCAGGAUGACACAGGCAUUGCAAACCCUGCUAACAACUACCACCAGCAUCAGCAUUUGCCCAACAGUUACAUGGACUUCCCAAAGGGGAUGCCUAUGUCAAUGUAUGGAGGAACUAUGCUGCCCCCUCAUCCUCCCAUGGCAGAGGGGCCAGGGGGACCAAUGUACAAUGGUUUGCACGCUAGUGACCCUGCAUGGAGCCCAAUUAUCAAAGUGGUCCCAAACAAUGCCGAUAACUCUGACCCACAACAGCAGGUGUGGCCUGGUACCUGGGCACCUCAUGUGGGCAACGUGCACCUGAACCACGUCAACUAGACAGCGUCCACAGCAAUCAAACGCACACAGCAUGACCCACAGCGCAAACAUCAAAUACCAACUGACAAAUAUGACCGAAUAAGACAACGUAAAAAGAAAAAUGUACAACUUGUUAACUUUAGUAGUGACCUGAGAGUGCAGAGCAGAGGUUGAAGAAUUGGAAGUUCUCUUGACGCCAUUCUUUGAUGUGCCUAUCUCAAACAUAAAGCGAAAAUUGGGCGAGAGCUGUUAUCAGUCUCCCGAUGAUGCAAACAAACAUGCGCAAGCACCUGUUCAACAGGAUCCAUUCUCUGCGUAGUUUAGCAAUUUUGACUUAAACCCGCAUACACCGUUCUUGGGCUGCAGGGGGCUCAACAUGAAGUAGCUAUUUAAACUUGGCCCAGAACUAGAUGAUUACCUAAAGAGAAAGAGAAAUCAGAACCUUUUAGAGUGGUAAAUACAUGUAUAAUUGUUUACAUACUAAAAAGGGUUAAAAUGAGAGUAAAUUUCAUGUCGUAUAGUGGCUCUACUUUAUGUAGCCUGUAUUAAUGUGAAAUAUUUACCUUAAUAUUCAAUAAAAAGAUUGAAAAAUA